AUGGCCGUUUUCGACACUCUUCACGAUGCUGAGAUGCUCAACAGCACAAAUCCAGGCAACGCUCUAAGCACCAUCUCUCAGGGUUGGACCACGCUAUCGGGGAUGCUCGAGAAGCCCAAGAGUGCCCGCGAGGUCUUGAAGAAGUCUUGCGACGUGUGGCUGAAGGCCUGGGACGCUGCAGAUGGAAACGGCAAAGAUGGUAAAACCGCUUGA